CAAGCGUAGUCCCGGCUGGGCGCCGGCAUGCGGAGUUCUGCUGCUGCGAGUCCCGGGUUCGAGUCUCUAGUCCCAUUCUCCCGUGGGUCGCACCCCGCCUACCACUCCCGGCUGUGAGGUGGUCGCAGCCGCCCCGCCAUGGCCCAGAAACCCAAGGUCGACCCCCACGUCGGGCGGCUGGGCUACCUGCAGGCGCUGGUCACCGAGUUCCAGGAGACUGCGAGCCGAGACGCCAAGGAGCAAGUGCUGGCCAACCUGGCCAACUUCGCCUACGACCCCGGCAACUACGAGUACCUGCGGCAGCUGCAGGAGGCCUCUGCAACCUGUGUGUGGACAGGGCCAACAAGGAGCACAUCCUGCAGGCAGGCGGCGUCCCGCUCAUCACCAACUGCCUGGCCAGCACCAACGAGGAGACAGUGCUGUCCGCCGUCACCACGCUCAUGUACCUGGGCUCGCCGGGCCCCAGCGCCCACCCAGAGCUCACCGCCAUGCCUGUCAUCCAGUGCAUGCUGCGCUUCUCUCUCUCGGCCAACACGAGGCUCCGGAACCUGGCUCAGAUCUUCCUGGAAGACCUCUGCUCCCCAAGCCAAGUGGCUGAGGCACGCAGCCAACAGGGGCACUCUGCCCUGGGCAUCCCGCUGCCGAGGACCGAACCCCCACAGCAUUCCUGACCCACCCAUCACAGUCCUGGGUGGGCACAGGAAAUGGGCAGAGCCCAGCAACCCUGCACAUACACUGCCAGGUUGAUGCUGCUUCCACCUGUCAACAGCGAGUUCUUCUCUGAUGAAAGGCGCAAGAUGAAGAAGCCAGACUGGGAGACCCGUGGGGCUGGCAUCACCACCCUACUGCUGACCCCCAGAUGCCAGCUGGGCAGAGCUGCCUGCACUGGAGCGACCAGGGGCUGGUUCCUGCACAGGGGCCCACAUUUACUCUGAGGAACAGAAAUGAGCUCUGUGGGUAAAGGAAUCAGAAUCUCGGGGAGCUGUGACACGACCCCCGCCCCCCCGUUCAGCUCUCCACGCUGGGCACCUGUGCCAGGUGGUUGUAGAGCCGGGUACAGCGUGAACAUCCAUUGUAGGAGGACAUUGUGACCCUAGAGGGUCAGGGAGCAC